CUCCCGCCCCGGUUAAUAUGCAAUCACACACCCUGACACUUCCAUUAAAGCGUGUUUAUGGCAGCUGCAAAGAAUCCAUAUGCAGAUAUGACGGACGUUCCACGUGGCGGACAUGCAGUCUGCAGUCGCACCCGUUUUUUUUUUUUCCUUUUAAUUCUCCCGAAUGUUUUUAAUGGUAAGUAUUGCCAUGUUGAGUUUGACCGUUGUGCCUUUGGUGCCUGACACUGCAGGAUUAGUGGAGCCAACCGACGUAAGCUAUACAUCAUAUCAGGCUUGAACACAUUUGCAGCUAUUCUUCCGCUCAGUGUUGCCCAUAAAGCCGCGUAGGACAAAUUGUCAGCGGUGGUGACCUUUUUAUGUACAGAAUACGGAUGGACACUUUUGAUGCUUGGCGGCUUACGUGACCUUUGCACUUGCUGCAAACAGAAUAGACCAUAAAUGGCUUGAUAAAAGCCGGGGUCUAUUCUAAUCAACCCGACUCGGCCUCGUUUGGUCAGCCAGGUCCACUAUGUCGAUAUCUGCACGGAUUAGUAAGUAGAUUAAGACAGCAGUGAUUGAGGGCAAAUCAAUUACCGUAGCUCAUCGGGGUGACCUACUGUCGCACGUAUCACAUCACUUUUUUUGCGUAAGCGAGGCACAAAACCAUUGUGUGUUCUCUCGACAACCCCGCGAAGCUGAGUGGUUCAUCCAUGCGUUGACCUUCUGCUAUUGAGGAGUGUCACUGAUACGUCAGGACUUUAUAAUCGGGGGCGUAGCCAGAAUGUUUUUCAAUAUGGUGGCCAGGGUUACACUUUAUUCAUCACACUGUUAACAGUCAAGGUUUUAUGAAAUGAAAAUCACAUCAAUCCAGAACACUGGCCAUUAUACUCCUAAUCAAACAGGAAGAAGUAGAAAUUCCUAGAGAAUGUUGAUUUUUGCAGACUAGAUGUAAAAUAAAACAGCAACAAAUGUUUUUUCAUCAUGCAAUGUUUUAUUAUGUGUUAAAACCAAACGAUGGAGCUCAAGUCGUCCAGUUUGUGACCGCAGAUGCAAAUGUGUGCGUUUUGGGGGCGGCUCCAAUUUUGUAUGCGCCGCCUCCUCCUCGUCACUUGGAUGAUGUUUCAGCAGUGAUUUUCUGGUCUUCAAGCUUCCCCAGCAGCUGUUGAUCCAGUCGGAGUGCUGACAUUUCGGAUUCUUUUCAACGCGCGUAAAAGCGCUCGCUCGGUUGUUGUGCGUCAUCUGUGCGUUUUCGCUGUGUGCAGCCUUUCUGACCUUUUAGCGGACGGGCGGGCCGGGCCGUUUGGACGCGAUAGUUGGCUGCGCGUCGGUGCUUGUUUGACGAGGAUGCUGCAGCCUUGACUUUGCUCAGCCUCACCGAGCAGAACCCGGCGCGCCGUGUAAGCAACCAUCUCAGGUCUGCAAACGCUGUGGAAGAAAAAGCAGGUGUGCUCUGACCCACUUCUGACCGAGGGAGGAUGCAAAAAUACAGCCACAGUUGCUUGGUGACUUGGCUCUGAGAUUGCAGCCUUUCCAGAGACUUCUAAUGCUGGAUGAUGUCGGAGGGAGUCUGCUAUUUGUUCUCCACAAAUAAUUGAAGUUUCUGUCCCUUACCGCCCCCUUGUGGAGAUUGAGAAAACUACAUUUAGAUGGUCAAUCCUACAAUGCAAGCAAAUCUCCAAUAUUUGUUCUGUCCACCGAAAUGUCCAUGAAGCGUGUUAUUCCAGGGGCGGGACCACAGCACGCUAACCUCUGAGCUUCCAGUUACCCAGGGACACUCUUCUGAUAGUUUGAUGGAGAGCUGGUCGGAUGACAGCUGGAACUGUUGUCAUAACUGGAGGAAUACUGGCCACAGUGAUACUUCUGUGUAUCAUAGCUGUGCUCUGUUACUGUCGACUCCAGUACUACUGCUGUAAGAAGAAUGGCUCAGACAGCGGCUCCAACUCUCUGCAACACUUUGAACGCAACACCUGCAGCAUCUCCGGCCUGGAUGGGACCUUCAGCACCCCGCUGUCACUUUCCCCCCUGCGGCCGCCUCCCACGUCCAAACCCAGGAAAGCCGCAGCGGGGCGCGGCCGCUACUGCCCCUCCUGCUCCCCGUACGACUCGCCCUUCUUCAUCCGGAGCGCUAACGAGAUGCGCAACGGCGGCGAGCGCGUCACUUACAUGCCCACGCACUACGAGAACCAGGCGCUGGUCAUGCCGCUGCCCGUCGUGGAAGGAUCCCUGCUGAGGGAAGCGCCGCGGAGCAGAGCGCCUGAUUUCUACACCAACACUCGAGCCAUCAGCACGCAAGUGUGACACUGCGGCCAGAAGCGCGGGAUUCUUCAUGGACGCUUUAUUAUGGUGGAUUCGUUGAUUGUACUAACUUUAUUUGAUGUGCAGUGUCUGUUUGUAAACGACACUGUCAUGUGACUGUUAAUUGAUUUCAUUGAGCGAGGGCCAUCUGACCUAAAGUAGCGUUUACAUAUCUGCCCAAAACAUCAUCCUACCUACCUACCUACCAUUUUCUGGAUCUUACGUAUCAGUGCAUGGUGACAUUUAAAAGCGUUUCUGUCUCUAUGCAAGAUGAUUUAAGACUCACUGGUGAUGUCAUUAUCUUAGCUUAUUGCCACACGAGUAUGUGAGCUGCAGUAAAGAGUGAAUCAUUGGUUCGCUUGGUGAAUUACUGAGCUUCCAUUUUGUGUCCCUAUGUGUGUAUUUGAAAGAAGAUUGGAGUCUUUUUAGCUUCAAGUCAUUUUUUAGAUGACAACAUAAGUGAAGGGAGCAACCACAUUAGUAGAUGACAUUUGUUUUACGUUAUGGUGUCAUUUUUCUGCUGAAUAUUACUUGCCGUUAGUCUUCACUGGCAAUGAUGCAAAAAUGUCAGAUGGACGUGUGCAUGUGUUUCCUUUUGUAACCUUUUUUCUUUUCUGCUAUGACUCUCAUGUUGAUGUUGAACACAGUGCUGUAAUUUCUUGUCACAUGGUGAGGACACACACUUUUUAGAUGCCAUCUUUGUUUGUGUUCGACAAUCUUUCUGUGGUAUAUACAAUUUUGGAGUAUACCAUUUUUUUUUUAGAAUACACAACCUCCUCAGUCAAAACAUGACACCAUUGAUAACAGCAGCUUUGUUUUUGCGUGGCUUCAUCCAGAUUUACAAAAACAAAAGAAGAAUUUCUUUUCUUUGUAUGAGCAAGGGCAGAUGUAUAAAGUCAUGACUCAAAUCAAUGUGAAAAGUCUCGUGUUUAUAAAGGUCAAUACAGAAUGUCAGGAAAAAAACUUUUGUUACAAAAAAAAAAUCCUUCACCUAUUAUAUCACCUACCUACCUAAUUGUUCCAGUAGCUACUAUUUAAAUGGAACAAAAGAUAUUUUGAAAUGUUCAUUUAAAAAAAAAAAAAAUUGACAUACAUAUGUACAGUAGUAUUUGACAGUUAUACAUUUUGACAAAUAAAGAUUUGUAAAUGCUUGGAA